AUGAGCGAUAGCGACUUGGAGGAGGGCGAAAUCUUAGAGGAGGGGGAGCUGCCGGCCGAAGUUGCGGUCCCGCCGUUGACGGCAGAGGAGCAGGCAAAGCACGAUGCCCGGGAGAUGGCCGAGCUUGCUGCGGACGUCAAAGGCCUAGCCCGCUCGCUCACACUGCAAGAGUGCUUGAAGGACCUGGAGCGAGUGUGCUCCAACCUCAAGUCAGCGCUGCGCAAGACGUCGGCUUACCUGCGGCUUCUGAAGCAGCGGGACGCAUCCGUGACGGGGGCAGAUGGCAGCGAGGCGCUGGCGGAGCUGGGUGCUGUGCUGCUUGGCGGGCUCAAGGCGCUGCACGUGUACAGCAACACGGGGCAGGGGCGCAGCAUGCCGGAUGCGCGGGGCCCGGUGCAGGCCGCCUGGAGCGCCCGUGGAGAGCUGCUCACCGCAGCGCAGCAGCAGCAGCUGGAGGGCUUUCUGAGCAACAGCAAGAACUUUGCGGCGCUGCUGGAGCAGCGGUCUCCCAGCCCGCAGCCUGUGCGGCGCGAGUAUGUGCCCGCGCCUAGGCAGCAGCCGCAGCAGAAGGAGAGAAAACGGCAGCAGGAGUCUUCAGAGCAGGAGGCGGAGCAGGAGGAGGAGCAGCCGCGGCUGAGCAAGCGGCAGCUGAAGCGCCUGCAGGCGCAGCAGCGCGCCGAGGCGGCUGCGGAGGCAAAGGCGCAGCAGGCAGUGCACGCCGCGCAGGGGGUGCAGCUAGCGGCGCAGCAGGAGCAGGGGCGGGCGGCGGAGGAGGCGGAGGCAGCUGCCAACAAGCGGUACAAGCUGACAAUCAAGCUGGGGGCCACCAGCCUGACCGGGGCGCUGCCAGACGCGCCACAGCUGCCGCCGCCGCCUAGCCUGCCACCAGCGCCGGCAGUUGCACUGGGGGCCGACUGGCCGCAGCACGGCCAGCAGCGGCAGCAGCAGCAGCAGCAGCAGCAACCAGGCAUGACAGCAGCGGAGCAGCAGGCCGGCGUGGCUAAUGGCAGUGGGGCGUUGCCGCAGCUUGGCCUGAAUCCAGCGGCAGUAGAGCAUGCAGCCAAUGGGUCGCCAGCCGUUGAAGAGCUGCUAGGGCGGGGCAAGCUGUGCCUGGUACUGGACCUGGACCAUACCCUGCUCAACAGCGCCACGUUUGCCGAGGUCGGGCCCACGCUGCAUGACUCGCUCAAGGCUCGCGCCGCCAGCGAGGCGGCCACCCUGCCCGAGGACCAGCGCCUGCUGUUCCGCAUCGAUGGCAUCAAGAUGUGGACCAAGCUGCGCCCGGGGGUGCACAAAUUCCUGCAGCGCGCGGCGCGCUACUACCAGCUGUGGAUCCACACCAAUGGCAACCGCGCGUAUGCCGACUCUGUUGUGCGACUGCUGGACCGCGGCGGCGCUAUCUUCGGCGACCGCAUCAUCGCGCAAGGCGCCGAGCGUGUUGAUCAAAUGGUGCCCGACCAGGCCAAGCGGCUCAUGCAGGGCCUGGAUGAGCGCGAGUCCAUCACCGUCAUCGUGGACGACUCGCACAGCGUGUGGAGCCAGCACCGGCACAACCUGGUGGCCGUGGAGCGCUACAUCUACUUCCCCUCCAGCAGGGCCAGCCUUGGCCUCAAGGGGCCCUCCCUGCUGGAUGCCAACAGGGACGAGUGCCCUGAGCAGGGGAUGCUGAUGGUGGCGCUCAGCGUGCUGGUGCGGGUGCACGGUGCGGUGAUGCGCGCGCUGGCGGCGCCGCCCACCGUGCUGCCAGGCGGCGAGGUGGUGUUCCAGAACUGGGAUGCGCGGCAGGCGCUGGCGCAGGAGCGGCAAAAGGUGCUGGCGGGUGUGCACCUGGUGUUCACCCGCGUCAUCCCUCUAGAGAUGGAGCCCGAAAGCCACCCGCUGUGGCGCCUGGCACAGUCGUUUGGGGCGCGGUGCAGCGGGUCUCUGGACGCAUCCACCACCCAUGUCAUCGCCGGCGCCAGCGGCACGGAGAAGGUGCUGUCGGCGCGCAGCAUGGGCAAGUGGGUGGUCACCCCGGCCUGGCUGGAGUGCUCGUGCAUUCUGUGGAAGCGCGCCCACGAGGAGCGCUUCCUCCCACCCGCCAGCGUAGCAGCGCCGGCCGAAGAGGGGGCCCGCACGCUGACCCUCUCCUCUGGCCGCCCUGGCCGCCUCACCUUCACCAUCAAGCCCCGAGCGCCGCCACUUCCCUACUCCGAGGCACUGCACGCCUCCAUUCGCCGCGACACCAUCACCGCCGCCAAGUUGCUGGAGGUAGCCGUCCCGCGGGCCGCAGACGAUGCCGCCCCGCGCCUGCAGCAGCAGCUGGAGGGGCUGGGCGCUUUGGAGCCUUAUGAAGACACGCUGCAGAGCGGCCACAGCACGGCGGUGGAGGCGCUGCUGCGGCAGUGGCGCCUGGAUGCCCCCAGCCAGCCCCCCGGCUUCGACAGGCAGUGCCAGCUGACGGUUCCCGACGUGGCAGAUGCGGCGGUGGCAACCUGCGGCGGCAGGUCGCGCGGGCAGUGGAAGAGCUCCAACCAGGACGCCUUUCUGGCCUGCCCCGUGGCCAGCCCCUCCGGCGCCUCCCCCGCGCUGCUGCUGGGCGUGUUUGACGGCCACGGCUGCGGCGGCGACAACGCGAGCCACACCGCGGCCGGCGGGCUGGCGGGCGCGGUGCCCGCGAUUCGCAACCAGCUGCGGGCUGACGCGGGGUGGAGCCGCGACGGCGCCAGCGCCAGCGCCGCCCCUGUGCCCCAGCAGGCGCUGGUGCGUGCCUUCCAGGCUGUGGCGGCCAGCAUGCGCUACGACUCGGAUUUCCAGGACUGCGGCGCCGCCGCAGUGGCCUGCCUGGUGGAGGAGGACAGCAUCACAGCCGCGUGGGCGGGCGACUGCCGCGCGGUGGUUGGCCUGAGCGUAGACACCGCGGCCGGUCCCUCGGUGCUGGUCCAUGCCCUGACACAGGACCACAAGCCCAGCAGCCCGCUGGAGCGGUCCCGCAUAGCGUCCAGCGGCAAGGGCCGUGUGGUGCAGCUGCGACGUGGCCAGCCCCACCGCCUGUGCGGCACCCUGGAAGACAGCACCCUGUCGCUGAGCCGCGCCUUUGGCGAUGCAUGGGCGGUGCCGCUGGGCCUGACUGCCGAGCCGGAUGCCGUGUCUCUCAUGCUGCCGCCUGCUGUGCCCACCACCACCGCCGCCUCCAGCGCCAGCUCCCCAAGCUGCCCCCUGGACAGCUUUGUCAUCGGCAGUUUUGUGAGCGCUGAUGUUGAUGAUGCCACCCCGGCCGCCGGCCCUGCCCGCCACGUGCUGGUGCUGGGCUCCGACGGCCUGUGGGAUAUGCUCAGCAACGAUGCCGCUGUGGCCAUCGCCAUGAGCUCUUCCUCCGCUGAGGCGGCAGCCAGUGCGCUGCUGCACGCCGCUCAGCGCAAGUGGGCAGCCGCCUACUCGGGCGCCUACGCCGACGACAUCACCGUUGCUGUGGCCUUCCUCCCCGCCUGA